GUCAUCUUCGAGUGACUCCAGGCCUGUGGCUUUUUACCGAGACCGGAAGGACCCAAAGCUUUCCCGAUUGGGCUACACUGGCCAGGUUGUAUGAAAUAAAUGCAAUGUACAAUGUGCAAAAUAAAUGAAGCAAUUAAGUUGACUUCUCUGGCUCCGACUCCAAGAUGGGGAAGUCAUUCACCAAUUUCAUGUGUAAAAAGGACUUUCAUCCUGCGUCCAAAUCCAGCAUCAAGAAGGUAUGGAUGGCAGAACAGAAAAUAUCAUAUGUUAAAAAGAUACAAGAAGGAUUAACGCAACAGUACCUUAAAGAACAAGAGUCAUAUGAUAACAGAUUACUUAUGGGAGAUGAGCGUGUAAAGAACGGCCUGAAUUUCAUGUAUGAGGCCCCGCCAGGAGUUAAAAAAGAAAACAAAGAGGAAGGAGAAACGGAAGGAGAGACAGAAUACAAAUUUGAAUGGCAGGUGCUCCGAGGGAAAAAAUAUGCCAAAGAUGACAUGAACAUCAGAGAUCGGCCCUUUGGUAUUCAGGUUCGAAAUGUAAAGUGUAUUAAAUGUCACAGGUGGGGCCAUGUGAACACAGAUCGAGAGGGCCCCUUGUUUGGUCUUUCUGGGAUCAAUGCAAGUUCAGUUCCUGCUGAUGGCUCAGGGCCGUCGAUGCACCCCUCGGAGCUAAUAGCGGAGACGAGAAAUGGGUUUGCGCUGAAGCGAAAUGUACUGGGGAGAAACUUGACGCAAAUGAUCCGUCGCAGGACUCUCACAAGGGACGGUGAAGAAGACCCCGAGGUUGAGUUCUUAAAGUCGCUCACCACCAAACAAAAGCAGAAGCUUCUCGGGAAAUUGGAUAGACUUGAAAAGACAAAAAAGAAAAAGAAAAAUGAUAAGAAAAAGAAGUUACGGAAGAGCAAAAAUAAACACAAAAAAAAACGGAAAAAAUCCUCCUCUCCCUCCUCUUCCUCCUCCUCCUCUCCCUCCUCUUCCUCCUCCUCCUCUCCCUCCUCUUCCUCCUCCUCGGAGACAGAUGGCAGCAGUGAGAGUGAUAACAAAGAAAAGAAAGAGAAAGAGAAGAGGAAGAAAAGGAAGAAAACCAAAUGUUCCGGAAAUAAAUCCGGUGUCUGUAAAGAGUACAAGUCUAAGAACAUUCUUUAUGAAGAACUUUCUAGCAGCCAUACUGACAAGGGAAAAGCCCAGGAAAAAUCAAGGCUUCUAAAACAAGAGCGUCCUGGAGAGAAUAGCACACGGGUCCAUUCUGGUUCUGACCGGAAGUCCAGAAGCCACCAGCACAGUCCAGAGGACAAAGGGUCUGACGGAAACGCGGGAAUCCGAAGCCGUAGCCGGGCUGAGAGCAGCAGGCGAAGCCGAAGCAGGAGCCCUUGCAGUCAGAAGCAAAGGGAAAGGGAGGCGAGGAGCCCUAGUGAAGAGCAGAAGGGGAGAAAGGGCACAAGCCACGGUGACCGCGACCACAGAAGAGAGCGUGCGCUGAGCACCCGAGAGAUCCAGAGAGCGGCAGGUUCAACAGAGCUCGGGAAGAACCACCUGGGCAUCAAGAACAUCUUUAGCAAGGGCUACUGUGCACACUGUUAUCUAAUAAAAAAGUGCCACACUCUUAAGGAAAAUGGAGUCUUCCAAUCCAAGUAG